CACACUGACACAGCUACAGGUACGUCAGGAAGUGGGACGAGGCGGGCACCACACACGCGCACACCAGCGUCGCAGCAGCAUACGGGUCGGCGUCCUGGUUCCGGCCAGGCUACCUUCUUGCCGAGCUACUGAUCAUAUCAAGACUCCCACCACCCUAGGCUGCAUGCUGCAAACCGUCCGCAGCACGGCCAACCAACACACUCAGUGAGGCACAGAUCUCUGCUGCCGUGUGCUGGCCUGUGCUCGUUCUGUCUGUAGACAGUGAAGAUCUACCAUGUGUACUGGCUGUCGGUUUCGCUCCCAGUACACCAACCCGCCCGGUCAGCCAAGCCAGGCCUGCAGCAUCUUCAUCAUGACACACUGACACAACCACUGCCACUACAACCGACCGUGCAUUUUCGCACGUCUACAGGACUGGGAGUGGAAGAAGGACACCUAGCGAAAUCAUGGUGGUGCUGAUGCUGCCAGCUCCCAGAGAGAGAACGACUCCCGUGUAGUGCAGUGUCGGGCUUGCCGAGCCGUUGAGUGAUUGCACCGCCGCAAAGUGCUGUCCCAGUCCCAGUGCCAGUGCACUGUAUGUACUGAAUCAGUGUUUCUCUAGUUCAGCACCCAGAGACAACUUCUCAACGAGUUGCCGACAGUCGACGGGCCAUCCUUCACGUAUCGGACGAGCACUCACUGACUCAGUAUAAGCCGAGGGAGCAAGCCGAAGCCCCACGCUGACACAUAUUUUCUCUGCGUCUAGGGCCUAGAGAUGUUGGGAACAGAACGAGUUUCUGCUGUGUCGGCAGGCGCUGGUGGAGUGGUGGUAGAUGUUGGAGCAUCGAGCACCUCUUCCCCUGCACCAGUGCGCACCAAGACUGGCCUGUUCGGUUUUCGCCGAACAAGAACCUCGUCCAAGAACAGUGCUGGUGCCGCUGUAGUGGAUAGUACUACUAGGGCUGCUGGUGGUGGUGGUGGUGGCGGUGGUAGCGAAUCUGACAAUAACAACGCCAGGUCAAAGUCGUUGGGGUUGUUGAGACGUACAGGACGCGAGGCAGCGGCCGUAGCUCGUUCAGUAGGUGCAAGCAGUCCCAACAGCACUUCAAGCGUUCCACUCGAUGCUCGUUCUCAGCUGACGACCUCCACAACAACAACAGCAGCAGCAGCAGCAAGUGCAGCGGAUACGACAACAGAGCAUCGCUCUAGCAAGCGGCACGGCCGUGAGCGUGCAGUUUCAGCCAAGCCGCUGUCAGCAGGGCUUUCCAGGUCCUCUCGCAGUAUCUCAUCCGUGUCGCCUUUCGCCAGUUUGACUCGCCUGCGAGGUGGCGAAAAGAAACUCAGCUGGUGCUUUGUGUGCGGAAAAGCAGUCCAGAGCUCAGCCAGCAGCUCGGUAACGAUACAAGUGGACGGAGGCGAAGUGCAUGUGCACGAUAGCUGCUUUUGCUGCUCUAGUUGCCAUCGGCCGCUGGUGUCGGAGACGUUCCGUCACGACAAUGCCAAGCUAUACUGUAGCCGACACCAUGGCGGAUAUGCUCAGCUCGGAAGCGCUCUGAGUCUUCCACGGAACGUGGCCAAGUCGUCGACGGCUCGCUCUGGUCGAGCGGCCAUAGCGAGAGGAGCCCACCAGCGCGCUAGGUCGUGCGGGGGCUUGCUAACCUCGCCUAAUCACAUCGCUUCAGAACCGAGCAGCGGUUCUAAAGAAUUUGCAGGCAAGGCUGAGGCUUCCGCGCUGGGAGUGUGUGAGGCACGGGACAGCGAGGAGGACCUGGCUGAUUUCGACAGGGACAGCAUUACACCAACCAACAGUGGUGAGGGUCUUUGCAGAGUAAAAAUUGGUGGCGGUGAUUUCGACGACUCCGAGACCAAUGAGCAAAGUAGUUGUCGGCUCCACAUCCAGGAUCGUCUGCAAACGCGAUCUAAUCCCAGCAGUAGCGACAGCAGCAGCGACGGCAGAGCUAGAAGGAGUGGCCCUGACGCAGGCACUUGUGAGGGUCAAGUUGUCGUCGAUUGUUUAGGGCCACAGAGUAGCUCUAUCCUUUCGCCUGGUCACGAGCAGCAGCAAGUCCAGCACAGUCGCAGCAAGGCCAGCAACAGUAGCACACUUGAGAGAGGGGAAAACCCAAGCAAGUGUUUACCUGUCGAGGGUGCAGAUCACAAUCUUCAAGUUAGUAGUAGUGUUUUGCAUCAAAAGGACAACGACGACGAGCCAGUGUUUCAGUGUGCAGUCCACCGUAGUGAUUCUGAGACAGAGGGCGCUUUGGCCAGUGUACCACCAGCGCUCAUUCCUGCAGCCACCACCAGAGGACAUCCGAAGGAUUUGGCUCUGUCGCAGCCCGUUACGCCAGAGCCCACCACACCGGUUUCGCCACUGCCCCCACGCCCAGGUAGUGUUGGACCUCCCGUCGCACCGCGGAAAGGUUCUCGGUUUGGACAUUUCGUGCGCACCGGUCGCUCCGGCAGUGUGCAAGCUCACGUUCAGGACUUGAUGCACAAAGCGGAGAGUCAAGUAGCGACAACGACGUUGAAAAUGCAACCGACCACAAAGGCGACGACGGGGCAGGGUCCGCGAAUGGCGUCUGCACCAGUUGGCGGCCGAAUCGGCGGUGGCCUACGUUCGGAUACCCACUCGGCCGGUGUGCGCACCACAUCACAGCUACCCAGAACGUCUUCGAAAACCGACCAACAAGGAGUAGUAACAGCUGCUGGUGCUGGUAGCGGAGAUGUGGGUGGCGGAAAGGUGCCCAAAUCCGGUCUGCCGCAGAGAAUCGGCACGCCACGCUCCAAGCUGCCGCCACCGACAGCUGCCAAGCCGACCACGGUGACGAGCUCUGGGCACGAGAGAACGGCAGGUGGCAUCGCGCUGUCCGGCAGUCGCUGUACUACUUGCACGUCGUCUGCCAGCAGUAGCAGCCAAACGACCGCUAGCACAGUAAUCGCAGCACCGGCAGCGGGCGCGGCACCGAAGACAACAACGGCAGCGCCGUGCGGGACAGUGGCAUCGACACAGCAUACACAGCAGCACACACAGGCAAUGCCGUCCAAGCGGACUGUGCAGGCAGCAGACACUACGACCGUAGAGCACAAUCAGCAACCGGGGGGACUGCAGAAGCGCACCCCUGAUCACUCUGCAGCAGCAUCAGCACGCUUAGUUGGUGGGAAACUGAGCAAGGCGAGCAGCUCGUCGCCCACUCGAAAGCAGAUAUUGUCUCCACAGCGGUCGUACUCAUCCUCGUCCAUUGAGUCCGCGGCGAGCAGCGUUGGCCCUGGCACGGUCACCAAGCCGCUCCGGCAGGCUAGCGCUGGCUCGCUCUCGACGCCGUCGUCGCGUUUGCAAUCGCCAUCGCGCUCUGCUGGUGCUGGUGGUGCUGGUGGUCAUACCAGUCCUCUCAGGCAUGGUGUUGGUAGCAGUGCGGCAGCAAGCGGUGUCAGCUCCAAAUCAGCAGCGUCUUCCUUCUCCGGGGCCGCUGCCAAGACGAAAUCGCGACCGCCGCCGCUGACUUCGAGCGGAGAGGACACACGUGAUGCUUCCCCGUCAUCUCAGCAGCAGCAUCAGCGAGGUCACUGCAUACCCGAGUCACCCGGCUCCCCGUCGCUGCCCAAGUCGCCCCUCGCGCGCUCCAGCUCCGCCGGCUGUGCCCUGUCUCCGUCGCGUCGACACGGCAACCAAUCAGCUACAUCGGCAGGAGCGGCGACCAAUCAUGGCAUGGGAGCGACGGCGGAGAAUGUGGGCGUAUCAUCGCUGACACGCCGCGGCAUGCUAAUGGCUGCCAAGUACAAAGCAAUGGAAAUGGACCAGGAAGAGAAAACAAAAACGGUGGCGGCGGCGCAGGACGAGGACGAAAAGCAAGAUACUGUUAAAUCAAUGGCAACUGCGGCGUCGUCAAAGCAAGCGACCUCCUCCAUGGCUCCGGGAGAGCAGAGUCGGAUCUCCAAGACACGGCACAGUGAUGACGAAUCGAGCAGGACAACCACGGCUCUGUCUCGGUUCAAAAAGCCGCCGAAAGCCAAGCCAUCCUCUCAGCACGACGUCCGCGAAACGCAGCAGCAGCAGCCACAGAAGAACCCUUCCGCACAGCAGAACUGGCGACAGCGGCAGCGCCUGACGUCCGAUUCGUCGAAGAGCUCGGAUGUAGAUGGCCCACAAACGCAGUCAUCCUCACAGCAACAUCGCACAACCGCCGCGUCGUUGUCCUCUCAUCGUGAACAGGUCCGCCGACAGCAUAGCGGUGGUCAGAACCGACAAGAACUCUCCACUACCACCACCAGCACGGCACAAUCAUCAUCGUCCUCCGCCAAGCAGCCGGAGCGUACCGACAGUCACAAGAGCAAGAGCAAGGGCAGCAGCACCACCGCCACCACUGUGACACCACCGCCGAGAGCAUGUCCGUAUCGAGAGGACUUGCCCAGCAUCAUCGAUGACAGUUUCCUGGAUGACUUGCAGGUAUACAAGGCUAUGUGCCAAGAUGUGGUGGAGCAGGCACAGACGCAGGAGGAGACCAAUGCCAGCGGGUCGCUUCAGAACCGCCUGAACCGACAGCGUUCGCCCAGCAGCGGCAGCGUCCUCUCGGCAUCAUCCACUCUGAACAGCAAUGGGGGCGGAGUCGGCGCUGCUGGAAAUGGUACACAGAUACACAUUCAGCUGCGCAACGAAGACUUCCAGCCUGCCGCGCCCAUGGCAGCGGUGCCUGAUGACUGGACGACCGUUCCGGUCAUCUCCGUCGUGUGUGGUUACUACAGCGAACCGCUGAAAUCCAUCGAGUACUCGAACAGCUUCCACCGGCACUCCGUACGCCGCAACAGCUCGAAGAAACGGCGCAAGCCGUCGUCCACGAGCACUGCCGCAGCCAAACUAGAGCCUGUCACGCAAUACUACGCGAUCGAGGUGCCGCUAGAGGAGGCCUACAAGACGUACUUCAUCGGGAAAAUUCACUGGAACUUCUACGUGGAGCAGGAUGCUGACAUAGGCCCGUGCGUUCUCUCCCUUAAGCAGGAGUCAUCCGCCGAGCAGGAGCGUUUCCGUGUGCUGGUGCGCAGCUCCAACUGCAUCAGCCACGGAUGUUUGCCGGCCACCUCACUCCUCGCCAACCCCUACAUCAAGGAGGAGGUGGUGGCCAGCAUCGGCAAAGAGAUUGGCGUCACCGAGCCGUUCUCCCGUACCACGUUCCCCACAGCUGAACAGGAGCUCCUGCGCAUUGACGAAUCGUUCAACUCGCGGCAGAUGAAGAUCGGCCUUGUGUACGUGGCAGCUGGCCAAACUACGGAGGAGGAAAUGUUCAACAACCGCACCGGCGGUGUCAACUUCGAGACGUUCAUGUCCUUGCUCGGUGACCGGGUGAAACUGAAACGCUUCGGAGGCUAUCGCGGUGGUUUAGAUGUGGAGUACGAACAGACGGGAGAGGACAGUCUGUACUCGGAGUGGAACGAUCAUCAGAUCAUGUUCCACGUCGCGCCGCUCCUGCCGCAUCACGAGACCGACAGGCAGCAGGUUCAGAAGAAGCGCCACAUCGGCAACGACAUGGUGCUGGUGGUGUUCGUGGACGACUGCAGCACGCCGUUCAACCCCACCUGCAUCCGCUCGCACUUCCUGCACACGUUUGUUGUCGUCCACCGCCAUGACGAACACUACCGAGUGGACGUGGUGGCCCGCGAGAGCGUACCCUUAUUCGGGCCGCCGCUCUGGCGCAAGAACGUGUUCCCGAUCAAGACGGACUACGAGAAGGAGGACUUCCGUGAGUUCUUCAUGACAAAGCUGGUCAACGCGUAUCGUGCCUCUCUGAAGGCGCCGAAGUUUCUGGCCAUGAAGACGCGUACAACAUCUCAGAUGCUGUCAGAGUUGACGGCCCAGUUUUCCGCCUUCGAGUCCAUGCCGAGCGAGCUGCGCGGGGUCACAAAUCAUGCAGCGCGCAGCCUCAGCCACAGCAACAGCAUGUGCUCGACGACUUCCACAGUCACAGGCGCCGUUUCCGCGCAGUGCCCGCCGCAAUCGCCGAGCAUCUCGUCGUCAUGGAUACCUACGGGAGCGCGACGCAUGUCCACGCCUCUUCCGGAGCGGAGCAAGCAGGAGUUCCACUCGCUGCCGCAACUCAGCCGCGAUCUGCACCAGGCGUGCCGUGACUUCAAGCAGUGCUGCGACGUCAGCUUCAUCGUCGGCGAGCGCAAGUACCCGUUGCCGGCGGUGCGCGCCAUCCUGGUCGUGCGCAGCGCCGCGUUCCGCCAGUUCUUCCUGGAGCCGCGCACCCCGAGCGCCGCUACCACCACCAUCAUCGGCAGCAGCAGCAGCGUCGCCGACUCCAUGGCUAGUCUGGACAUGGCAGGUUCCUACGUGGCAAGGAGCGGCGAUCUGGCAUCGCUGGCGCUGGAAGGAACGUCCGAGCCGCCGCUAAUGGCACGCAAGGGCCUGCGCGCGUCGGCCCGCUUCAAGCUACGCAGUGGCACUGGCAACGGCAGUGGUGGUAGUGGCAGCCACCAGCAGCGCAAGAACAGCAACCUCAGCUCCAAGAGUCACGAAGGCGCCAUAACAUCGGUAACAGCCGCACAGCAGCAGCAGCAGCAGCAGCAGCGCCAAAGUGCGUCGAAAGCGAGCACGCGCCGCAAGUCGUCCUCCAAGAGUGGAUCCUCCUCGAGUAAUUUGUUCUGGGGUGACGGUGGUGCCAGCGGCAGUAGUGUUGCCAGCAGCAUCGGCGGCAGCUCUGGGGGACAAGGUUUUGAUUCAGGUGCUGCUGGUGAUGAAGGACAGGGACUGGAGCGUUCAUUGUCGUGGCAGAACUUACGUCCGUCCUCGUCAACUCCUCACCUGCUGGACGACUGUCUGGACUGUGAUUCCUACGCCGUCGGUACAGCUGCUGCUGGCUCUGCAUCUGCGGGUGGUGCAGCCGGUGGUGUGUGCGGUAGACCGGGAGCUGCUGCUGCGAUGAUGAUGUCUGCAGAUAUGCCAGCGCCUCGCUUGGCUGACUUUCUGCGUCAGCUGGCACCAGGUAUCCAAGUGUUUGAGGUGUCUGAGUUCUCCGAAGAGUCGUUCAGCUCCGUCCUGGACUACAUACACACAGGGUCAUGUGACAUAACCGCCUACAACCUCACCGGAGUGCUAUGCGCCGCAGCUCUCCUGCAUCUAACCGCUCUGGAAAAGACCUGCAUGAAGCUUGCAGCCAGACUGCUAGCCGAUGCCGGCAGCGUCAUUCAAGUCCUGGCUGGGUGUGAGGUCUACCUGCGGCGUCAUCCCCUGGCCAACAUGCUCUUUGACAGCGUGGUGGUCCCGUUCAUCGUCUCCACACGCCUGGACAUCCUCUCCGAACCGGGCAUCACGUCGCUAGGGCAGGAGUCCAUGCGUCGCCUGUACACGCUGAAGCUCCACGCCGACGACACCACGCGGUUCCGCGCGGCCGCGCUCUGGGCUGAGGCUGAGUCCCACCGACAGAUCUCCGCCGUGGAACGCGGCACACGGACCAGCAGCGAGGUGAUGUCGUCUGCCGGGGCCAUGCAGCAGCAUCAUCGUCAUGCUGAUGGUGUGGAUACAACGGCGGCAACGGGAGGUGCGCUGAGAGCGGGUACUAGUGUGCAAGAGGCGGACAGCAUGCUGGCUGAGUGCUCGCGUGAGUCCCUGCGCAAGCAGCUGAUAGCGCCGCUGGUACGCGACGUGUCCCUCCGCAAGAUAUCCGCCGCCGACCUGAUGAAGCUUGUGCUACCGACGGGGGCUUUCCCACCUGAUCAGGUGAUGAUGGCUCUCGCGUUCCAAGCCGACCCGUCCGCCGCCGCCUAUUUUGGCGUCGGCGAGAAGAGUCCGAAGAACGCACGCACGUCGUCCCAGGCGCGGCAGGCGGGCGGUUCCCGUGGCAACAGCAGUUCCCGUGGUAACCACGCUGGUCGUGCUCGCAAUGCCAGCACGCCUCAACCUGGCCAGAAGCCGAGCAGCGCAGCAUCAUUUGUACCCGAUACCUCCUCUGCAGUCGCCUCCGCUGCUUCUAGCGCCGCCGUUGUCAAGGGAGGAAGCUUAGCCAGUCGGCAACGGCGACAGUACACACCGUCCCCUACACCGUCCUCACCAAACAUCUCGUCAGCCGUCGCAUCGUCAUCGUCGGCAAGAGAUCUCUUCACCGAGGACAGCACUGGUGCACAGCAGCAGCCGACGCGCCUCACGCCCAGUCCAACGCGCUCACGCCGCCGCCUGCACCCGUCCAGCCUUGGCCGCAGCAGCGCGUCCCUGUCGCCACGACGACCCUCGCUGCAGAGCCACCCGCAGCUCGGUGGCGGCGGAGGCGACAGCAGGAUGCGCCGCUCGGAGCGUGUGACCUCGGUCCCGGACGUGACGGCGGCAACAAAGUGCGAGACCCCACUGUCCACGUCUAGUCCCCCUCCGUUCUUCAACAGUCCCGAUAUGGCGGCCGUGGCAUCGUCAUCCUCCUCGACUACCAGUGGUGGCAGCAGUAGAAACAGCAGCACGCCUGCUGAGAACACGGGCAGCAGCAGCACAUGUAACCAGACAACUACGGUGGAGGAAGAGGACGAGGACGUCGCGAUCUGCACUGCGGGGACUGAGAGUGCUGCCGAGUACGACCUGGAGAGAGAUGACGUCGUGCCGCCGACUAGUGACGAGUGUCCUGGUCCAUCAUCGCCUCGUCACCUCAACACCAAGCGAGGCUCAAACAGCAGCAGUAGUGGAAGUGGUGGUGCUGGAAAUCGUCUCAAGGUCACCGCUUUGUAGGCACACAGGCAUCGCCUACUGGUCUUGUGUGGUGAAUAGUACGCAUAACGGCCCCGUGGUACCAUGACAGCCUGGCAUUUCAGCUCAGCCGCUUUGUAGACACAAUUCGAAGAGUUUAAAGCGCCGACAUGGGCCAUUUCACUCUGAACAAGAGCACAUGAUUGUUCAACUGACCGGUUUCACUGUUUAUCAAACAGAUCAUCGGAUCUAGCAGCGUGUGGUGAACGGUAUGCAUGCUGAUCCCAGUACCAUGUGUCAUUUCAGCACUCUUGAGCCUCUUGAGCUUGAGACCCAAACGGUGCCGCUUACUGGGAGUACGUUUGGUGAAUACGCAUGCCCCGUAGUACCACACCAGCCUGGCAUGCCCAGCACUCGACCUCACUCGUCGUUGUCGGUCGUUGCCAGCUCCUCUCAGCCCAGUGUGCGCUUGGUUGUUCUGAAACAGUCGUGCGUGCAUUGUCGCGCGCGAGCGCGUACGUGUGUCUGUGUGCGUGUGUGCGCGUGUGUGGCGUCGUGUAGCUCAUUCAUACAGGAGCAGCGAUAUCCCACCUGCUAGGCCUCCGCCGAAUAAACCUUGCCGUGGCUUUGUGCACAGGGUGUGUAGACUUUGGUGAGUAGUAUUAUAACUUCGUGGAGUAGUUAAAUAUUAACUUUCUUCUGUACCCCGCUGAGUUUUCUGGCAGAUCACUACUGACCAUGGUCACAGAGUGGAGACCGGUAUAGUUCUUGUAGGCUAUGCCACCGCCUGUUGGCUUGUUUUCUUAUUUUCAUUCCAAACGGGACGGUUUUUCGAGGCAGUGAGACUUGACAACAAGGUUCCUUUCAAUUAUGUGCACACACACACACACACACAGAGGUGCGGACACAUUAUGAAUGCACAGUCGUGCACAUGCACACACGUGUCUGCGUGCGUGCGUGCACGUGUGUGUGGGUGUGUUUGCGCUCAAACACUGUAUUGAUCACAACCAUUGUAUACUGUAAGAUGACCGUGUACUUGUAGGGACAGUAGCUGGUGUGCCGGUUUGUUUCAGAAUUGAUUUUUUUGUUCGAAUUUAGUUUUCCUUGUGUUCUACAAUGUACCAAGAGUAUAAUGAAUUGUACUGUACUUCAAAGUACAUUUUUUAUCUCUCCUGUGCCUAUGCUUGAACUCGGAUAUCAUCGGAGCUACAGACAACUUUGCGUAUAACUUGUGACGACACCCGGCCGGGGCAUCAGAAAAGUGUCCUUAUUCGCGAAGUGUCGUUUUACCCGAAGUCUCAUUAUAUGUAUUACAGUUAGAUGGGACUUUGCUCUGGGCAUGGGAAUUCCGUCGUUAUAUCCGCAGUCGUUAUUAGCGCGGUGUGACUGCAUACGUUUGUUUGAGUGCUGCCACAUGCAUGUAACCUGGGCGGCAUGAUGUUCUAAGUUUCAUUAUGAUGAUUGCAGUGUGAUACGAUGAGGCUUUGAGGCCACAGUGA